CUACUGAGUCUGCGCACUAACGAACUUGCGCAGAUCUGUAUGCGCAGUGGUCCGGUGAGAGCUGUUGGACGGAUUUCUAACGUGUGGAAAAUUCAGAUAUUUCAAGAAAACUCGCCACGGAUUGAUCGUCUUAAGACACGGGUUUGGUUUCUUGAAGGAUUUUGAAUCUUCCUUAGGAUGACCUAAAGUCUUGGGUCAGGCGUUCGACCACCGCCCAGUUGUAUCAAGAAGUUUGUCAUCAGACAUCGUCUUUACUUUAAGUCAACCAGAAUCGGGGAAAGAAAACCCUGCCAAGUAUAAAUUUUUCCCGACUUAUUCGGAUUGGCUUCCGUGAGGGAAAAAUGGUGCUGUCACAGAGACAACGAGAAGAACUGAAUAAAGCCAUAGCAGACUACCUGCGGUCGAAUGGCUACGAGAGUGCGUUAGAAGCCUUCCAGAAAGAAGCUGAAAUGCCUGGUGAGAUUGAGAAGAAAUAUACUGGUCUACUGGAAAAGAAAUGGACCUCUGUCAUCAGGCUACAGAAGAAGGUUAUGGAUCUUGAAGCGAAGCUGGCAGAAGCAGAGAAAGAAUUUCAGUCGGGCGGUCCGAACAAGAAGGAGCGGUCUCCGUCAGAAUGGAUCCCCAGACCGCCGGCGCGGUACAGUCUCAGCGGCCACCGCAGCCCCAUCACCAGAGUCCUCUUCCAUCCAGUCUACAGUGUUAUGGUCUCAGCCUCAGAAGAUGCCACCAUUAAGAUUUGGGAUUACGAAACAGGCGACUUUGAGCGCACGUUGAAGGGCCACACGGACGCCGUACAAGACGUGUCGUUCGACCAACAGGGAAAGCUGCUAGCCUCCUGUUCAGCAGACAUGACCAUCAAGUUAUGGGACUUCCAGACCUUCGAAAACAUUAAAACCAUGCAUGGACAUGACCACAACGUAUCGUCAGUCCACUUCAUGCCCAACGGAGACUUCCUGAUCUCAGCCUCCAGAGAUAAAACCAUCAAGAUGUGGGAACUUGCAACAGGCUACUGUGUGAAGACGUUCACCGGCCACCGUGAGUGGGUCAGAACAGUCAGAGUAAACCAGGAUGGAUCUCUACUUGCAAGCUGCUCUAAUGAUCAGACCGUCCGUGUGUGGGUUGUGGCGAACAAGGAGUGCAAAGCGGAGCUGCGCGAACACGAGCACGUGGUGGAGUGUAUAGCCUGGGCCCCGGAGUCCUGCAACGGGCACGUGAGCGAAGUCAUGGGUGCUGAGAAGAAGGGGCGCUCCGGCCCCUUCCUGCUCUCAGGAUCCCGCGACAAGACCAUCAAGAUGUGGGACAUCAGCACGGGGGUGUGCAUCAUGACACUGGUUGGACACGACAACUGGGUUCGAGGCGUGGUGUGGCACCCAGGUGGAAAGUACAUCAUCAGUGCCUCAGACGACAAGACCAUCCGUGUCUGGGACUACAAGAACAAGCGCUGUCAGAAAACACUGGAGGCACACCAGCACUUCUGCACCUCCAUUGACUUCCAUCGGUCCGCCCCGUACGUGAUCACGGGCAGCGUGGACCAAACGGUGAAAGUUUGGGAGUGCCGCUAGCGCCGCGUCCACACCGGUCGCGCCAUCUCAGGUCUGGUCUCUGUGCUGUGCACCUUUCAGGAUAUCCUAAUGGGGUGGGGGGUUGUUUGCAGAGGAAAAACUGGAAAAAGGCAGUGGCUCAAAGUAUUUUUCCAACCGGACUUCCACUUUUUUCAACUUUUCCCGAAAGUCCACUUUAAUUCAAAAGUACAGGUACCUUGUGUAAUACACAAAUAGUUAGUCCUCUAGGAUUGUUAAUGAAUACAGCAGGCCCAUUGCAGAAGGGAGGGUAGAUUGGAUGCGGGGGAAAAUUCAAAUCAAAGAAAUGAAAGGUUUGGGGGUUGAACGAGUUGAAAUGACAAGAUUUUCAAAUGGGACAAAGGGUUGAACAGGAAAUUCGUGGAAGUUGAAAUGAACUGGAAUUCGGAAUCUAUUCCUAGAAGCCACACAAAGUCCUAGAAGUCAUUCACAGGAAGAUCUAGAAGGGAAAUUAUAUUCCUCAAAGUCACACAAAUUUUAUAAAAAGUGAAAAUCACACUCAUAAACUCCUGGAAGUCACAUGCACAAAUUCCUGGAAGAUAUCAAGCCACAUCAGUAAACCAAAGUGCAAACCUCUAACGCGUUUGGGUGUCCGUGGUAGGUGCACAGUACAGGACAGGCCCUAUCCAAGGCACCCUACUGUACAUGUACAUGUAUGGCACCAGAGCUAAACAGCUAAGUAUGUGUGACGUGUCCGGGACUGUAGCUUCUCUCCAGCGUGCAAGAGACCUGACGAACCUCCCCGUAUUCUUCGUGCAGUGGGCAGGGUGAUGACUUCAUCACCACUAUGGGCAAUAUGGCUAUGGACUGGUGGACUUUAUCUGUAGGGGUGUGCAGGUGGCACCUGGAGAAAAGAAAAUGCAGGUCCCAUAUAUAAGCCAGAUCAUGCAGCUGACUUUGCCCAGGCUACUUUUACUCCAAAUUGUUUGUACCUAAAAUGUUGGGGGCUAUGAAAAAGUGGACCAGUUCCACAAAAUACAAGUACAUUGUAGAAUCAAAAUCAAAAAUAAAGCCAGGACAGUGUCGUCAGAAAAACAAAUCUUAGCAAAAAAAAAGUAACAGUACGAAACGGUUGUUAAGGAGAAACUAGAAGUUAGUCUGUUCUACCAUCAGGUAACCAGAAAGUUGUUUGCCUGGUGAUGGUAGUGGAGAAAAGGGUCUGGGCCUUGCCAGUUGCGUGGUGCAAUGUACAGCGUUCGUUACAAUGUGGUGUUGAAAUGCAGUCAUCUUCGACAUUUUGAUUAGCUAUGCUCCAUGGUAGACAGCUGUCAAUGGAAUAAAUGCAAUGCAGACAUACAUCACUAACACAAAGCAUGUCACAUACCUUACCUCACAAUGGUAAAGAGUUCCUACAAAUAUCUCUGAAUUUCGUUUCAAAUCUGUCCCAAAUUUGAUCCUUAGACAAUUGAAUUUUUGUGUACCACUGAACUAUUUUUGAUUGUAUUGUAAAACACGGAAUUCUUCCUUUUUGAUGAAAAUAUUGCCAUGAUGCCAAGUCAAAGUUUAUGACAAUAAAAACAUUUGAGAAGAAAUUGCUAUACCAUCUCCUUCUUUGAGAUGGAAAUGCACAAUUUACAGAAAAAACACUGAGAGAAAAUUCAACCAUGCCGUCUAAAAGGUGUCAUACACCUAGUAGGUUCUUCUAACAUUAUCAAGUCAAAAUUGACAGCUGUCUACCAAAGCAUUCGACCCAAAAUUAUUGCAUACCAAGUUUCCAGGCAGUCCUGGGAUAGCAGCAGAAGAGUAAACGUGUAAAUUAUUGUUGUUCUAUGAUGAUUAAUGGUUAGGAGAUGAAUAUUACAAGCCAGCGGUAAGUUAGCACAGUUAUCAUGUCGCCCCACACUAUGCCGGUAGCCUAGCCUGUUGUCUAUCUACUCCAGCUCCAGUCUGCUUCUAUGAUUGCCUCUUUGCAGUGAAGUUGGACACGUGUUGAUGACCAAGUAUUUGAAGAUUUGUGAGAGCUCUGAUUGGCUACAAGAUUAACGGUUCUCUUUGAUGUCACGUGAUCUGGACUCAAACAGACAUUUGGACGUUUGAUCCCUGUUUCACCGUUAAUACUAACAUAAGGCAGGGUUGGACAAGUUUCCUAAAAUUCACUUGUCCUAUCGGGAAAGUACAUAAAAAAUUUACUUGCCUGAAACAAAUUUUCACUUGCCUCAAAAUUUACAUGCCUUUUUACGAUGCAUUUUCACUUCCAGCAAUGGAAUUCUUUUGUUAUUGGCUCUAUUUUUCUGUGUUGACCAAUGCUUGAUGCGCUGUCGGUGAAAAGUAACAAGCAUAUCAAAAUCUCACUCAUUAAAAUAUCUUACUUGCCCGAUCGGGCUAGUGGGGUAGGACAUGGGCUAGCCCGAUGGACUAUUUCACUUGCCCGGGACAAAAGGGCUAGUCCAACCCUGUAGGGGCCAACCUUUGUAAUGAGAAUGGGUGCCUGGCUAUGCUGAGAGGAGGCAGUCAGAACAGUGGGCUGGAGCUAUAGUAGGGUGGAUACCAGGCUAUUGGUACUACCCACAGUGGGGAAAUUGUACAAGCACAUAGAAGCUUCUGCUCCAAACUUCUCGAGGGUUGGGAUAUAUCGAUGUCUGAUGCGUACACAGGGCUUUUAAAUCUUGUUUUACCCCCAGAAUGAUGUAAUUCUUGGUAGUCCAAAGAUUUCGCCAUUCACAAAUGAAUUGGAGGGAUGGUAUAGGAGUGAGUUUUUUGUGUAAAUAUGUGUAAAUGUAGACGCUCAGCUUCCAAGCCUUGCAGAGUCUUUAAAAGUAGAGACUUCUUAAGAUGUAUUGGAUGUAUGCAAAGGCCUGCUGACCAUAGAGUUUUGCUUCUCCAGUUAUGGGAAAUUAUAUGUAUGCUCCAGCUAUGAAGAGUAUAAAUGUAUUAAUAAGACAUAUAUAAAAACAAAGGGUGCCCCAUUGACUUUCAGUUACACAACAAUGUUCCUGAUACAACCUAUAUCAGAUUACAAUUAACCAUUACAGAAAAUCAACCUGUAAUCUACUAUGAUCUGGACACUACGAUGGGUGUGUCAAACAUGUAUAAUAACAUAUAAGUGGGUAAAAUCUUUCUGGAUAAGAAACCGAAAACUUCCAAAUCUGCAUUGCAACCUCUGUUGAACUUAUUUGUCAGUUUUGCAUACUAAUGAAAACAAUAUUUGGUUUAGUCACAAAGAGUGUAUGUAUAAUAUCAAAAUAGUUUGCCCUGGCCCUUGUAUUCUCCAUGUAAUGAAAGGUCCCAAAUUGACAAUGUCGACUACACUGAUGUAAACUGAAAUUGACUACAGGAAUAUUUUGGAUGGAACUAAACUGAAUGCCCUGAAUGUGUGUCAGCGGUUGUACGAUGUUGGCACGUAGUUCUAAGGUUGUACAGAUGUAGUUUGUGAUGAGGAAAAAGACAUGCAGUUGCAAUUAUUGCUUAGAGAACAUAGCCAUAUUAAAUAUAGCUAAUAGAAGGAGCAUCUGUGUGAACAUAUUCUGCACUGCUGCUUAGCUUAUUCAUAUUCAUAAAGAAAAACAAUCCCAAUGGCCCUAUUUCACAUGUCUAAAGAGCAUGUGACUGUGAACACCAACUGUAAUUCUCUUGUAUUUGUGGAAAACUUCCUGGUGUCCAUAUAAGGAAUAUUUCCAUAUAUGGCAAGUAACUAAUUUCCUGGCAAACAUACUUCCAGGACACAAUACUAAAAGGUGACACAAAUAAAAGAACUAUAAGUCCUCCAGAAUGUUAUUAAUAUAUUGUAAGUCUCAGAACAUUUACAGAAUGUGUCCAGCUAGCAAAACUAACAAAACCAUAUUUUAUAUCAAGUUCACAGUUCCAUGCUUUAUUGCGACAAUUGAAAAUUCCUGUAUUUUGGAGAGCCACCGAAUUGUACUGGAUGUAGUAACUGCGGUCAGAAUGUGCUGAAAAUAGUCAAAACUCGACAAGUCAUGGUCUUGCUCUCUGCAUACUGCCCGAAGCUGUGUAAAUUUCAUUCUUUUUUAAAAUUUUUGUUGAGAAACUGAAUGUGCAGCAGUACAGAAUCUGUAGGUUGACAAGAGGUGUACUGUUAAAAGAUACUGAAUAUAAGACAUGUUGUAACUAAUUAGAACUGCAAUCUUAUUAUGUUUUGUUUUUUUAAUACCAUAACUUGAAGGGGUGGCUAGAGUGUACAAAAUUCUUUGUCUUAUUGUAUUCUAAGGGCGUUGCCUUGUGAUACUAUAUACUGUAGUGUUCUUGCUUUUGUGUACGUACAAAGAUAGGUGAGGAUGUAUUAAAGAUAAUUAAAGUGAGAAGCUGCAAAUAUUCAAUAUGGAAGGAUGAUUUGUGUAUUGUAAUUCUGCAUAAAGCAUUCAUUUUAUCCACUCUGUGUGAGGAAAUA